GCCUGGGGCCCAGGAGGCUGCACUGCAGAGGCCUCUGCAUGGGCUCCACAUGGGCCACUCUCCUCCCCCGGGUGUCUUCACCCCCAAGCUCAGCCUCUCCCCCAGGAUCUCCCACACCCUGGCUACUCCGCUCCAGCGCCCAGCCCAGACACCCCUUCUCCCCAGGUACCACUGCUGGCCUGGCCUGGCCUGAGUCAUCGGCCGCCCUCUCCAGGCGCCUCCUUGGUACGCACGCAGCCGGGCCGGAUUCCCGGGCCUGCAGCCGCUCCUCCCGCAGACCGCGGCCCCGCCCCCAGCCGCACCCACCAGGUUCGGCUCACUCCCGGUGAGGUGUGUCACCAUUGGCUGACUCCUCUCUUGGGUUCCGCCCCACAUCUCCGCUUCCACGAUUGGGGCAAAUGACUGCCUCUCAGCAAAGUUGCCUGGCAACAGGGAAGGGGCGGCUCUCCAGAGGAACCCGUGGGCUGCUGGACCGGACCGGACAGCACCAGGAAGCCCGGCAGGGUAGGUUGGAGUGCACUGUUGUGAUCUUGGCUCACUGCGACCUCUGCCUCCUGGUUCAAGCGAUCUUCCCACCUCAGCCUCCUGAAUAGCUGGAACUAUAGACACACGCCACCACACCUGGCUGAGAGAAUUCUGCCAGAUAUCCGGACAGAUGGGGAACAGCAGAAGCCGUGUGGGGCAGAGCUUUUGUUCACAGUUUCUUCCUGAGGAACAGGCAGAGAUUGAUCGAUUGUUUGAUGCUCUGUCAUCAGAUAAAAACAGCCCAAAUGUCUCAUCCAAAUCCUUCUCUCUGAAGGCACUACAGAACCACGUCAGGGAAGCUCUUCCCCCAGAGAUGGUCACCAAGCUGUACGAUGGCAUGCGGAGGGUCGACCUGACAGGGAAGGCGAAGGGACCCAGUGAGAACGUGUCCCAGGAGCAGUUCACAGCAUCCAUGUCCCACCUGUUGAAAGGAAACUCCGAGGAGAAGAGUCUCAUGAUUAUGAAAAUGAUUUCUGCCACAGAAGGUCCCGUGAAGGCCAGAGAAGUCCGAAAGUUUACAGAGGAUCUGGUUGGCUCUGUGGUGCACGUGCUAAGCCACAGACAGGAGCUGAGAGGCUGGGCUGGGAAGGAAGCCCCAGGGCCCGCCCCCCGGGUGCAGGUGCUGGCUGCUCAGCUGCUCUCUGAGAUGAAGCUGCAAGAUGGCAAGAGGCUUCUGGGGCCCCAGUGGCUGGACUAUGACUGUGACCGAGCCGUGAUCGAGGACUGGGUGUUCAGGGUCCCCCAUGUGGCCAUAUUCCUGAGUGUGGUCAUUUGCAAGGGCUUUCUCGUCCUGUGCUCGUCUCUUGAUCUGACUACCCUGGUCCCUGAGCGUCAAGUGGACCAGGGCAGGGGUUUUGAGAGCAUCCUGGAUGUCCUCUCUGUCAUGUACAUCAACGCCCAGCUGCCUCGGGAGCAGCGGCACCGCUGGCGCCUGCUCUUUUCGUCUGAGCUCCACGGACACAGCUUCUCCCAGCUCUGUGGCCACAUCACUCACCGGGGGCCCUGUGUGGCUGUCCUCGAGGACCAUGACAAGCAUGUGUUCGGUGGGUUUGCCUCUUGCUCUUGGGAGGUGAAGCCUCAGUUUCAAGGGGACAACAGAUGCUUCCUGUUCUCCAUCUGCCCCAGCAUGGCUGUGUACACACACACGGGCUACAACGACCACUACAUGUACUUGAACCAUGGACAGCAGACGAUCCCGAAUGGACUGGGUAUGGGGGGGCAGCACAAUUACUUUGGGCUUUGGGUGGAUGUUGAUUUUGGGAAAGGACACAGCAGAGCCAAGCCCACGUGCACCACGUACAACAGCCCGCAGCUGUCGGCUCAGGAGAACUUCCAGUUUGAUAAGAUGGAGGUGUGGGCAGUUGGAGACCCCUCAGAGGAGCAGUUGGCCAAGGGCAACAAGAGCAUCCUGGAUGCGGACCCUGAGGCCCAGGCCCUGCUGGAGAUCAGUGGGCAUUCGCGCCACAGUGAAGGGCUCCGGGAAGUCCCGGACGAUGAAUGAGGAGCCGCCUGAGCCUUCCUGGAGCCAGGACCUGGAUUCCUCUGGGUAGAGGGCACCGCCUGCAGCCCCUCUUCCCUCCCACAUGGUUUAACUGUAAUAGCGUGCUGCACGGGUCACAGCCAGGUAGUCCCACAUGUGCCAAGAAGACGCCCUCUGAAGCCAUGUCCUGACUCAUGGGUGGAUCUCCCAGAAAUAGAUGUUUCUUAAGUUUUCUUUUUUGCCCUACAGGGUCACCCUCAGGAUCUCUCCGAGAAAUCUUGUGUCAAAUUAGUAACUCAGUCUUAUACUUUGUUCUUUUUUACCAAUGAAAUCCUAAGCAGCUGAGACCUUUCAGACCCCCACUGGCAUUAGGGAAUUCCACUGGCAUUAGGGAAUUCCGCUGGCAUUAGGGAAUUCCGCUGGCAUUAGGGAAUUCCGCUGGCAUUAGGGAAUUCCGCUGGCAUUAGGGAAUUCCGCUGGCAUUAGGGAAUUCCGCUGGCAUUAGGGAAUUCCGCUGGCAUUAGGGAAUUCCGCUGGCAUUAGCAUUGCUGGGAUCUCAACUUCUCUAUUGAGGAGGGGGUUCCUCCCGCUGGGGUUCAUAUGGCCUCACUCAGGCCAUCCCUGUUAGAAGGUUGUACCUGAUGGUCUGUUCUGACGGGUGAGGGACAGAGGCAUCUGGAUGAAAAUCUCGACGCUUUCUGGGAACAGCUUCCAAUGGCAUGGGAGUUCUGUAUUUAAAAGCAUGAGCUGUGUAUAAAAUGGGGAAAUGGAGGCAGGAGACUUUGAGGUAACAUGGUCUGGUGGUGGCGUGAGUCCUCAGAAGGUAUUUGUAAUAAGGUUCCACACCCAGCUCUCUCAGCUGUUAUUAAAUGAAUGUGUGUGAGGAACACAUGGGAAAGUUGGGAGAUCUGUCUACAGAGAAGCAAAGUUGUGGUUCUCUUGCCAACUUCAAGGUGAGGGACAUUGGGCACCCUAAGUCUGGGAACUUGGUUGAUAAAUACGUAUAUGGUCCAUUCCAUAAAUCAGUGGUGAGUGACUGGCCUGGGUUCUAGAUCUCUGGGAACCAGUGCCUGAGUCACAGCUGUCUAGGCCUCGGUGCUGGCCUGGGUUCUAGAUCUCUGGAAACCAGUGCCUGAGUCACAGCCGUCAGUGCAGCCAUUUGCCCAGGGCUGCUCCCGAGGGGGAUGAUGGGAAAUUCAGCAGUGUAGACUCACUUUAAACAAGCUCCAGUGAUCCUGAAAUGCCGAAGAUCAUGUAGGUGGGUUGUGGGGUCAGCAGAGCUGCCAUCUGCCCACGUCUGGAAAACAACACACGGUGAGUCACCGGUUGGUCAUGAGAUCUCCCCACUUACAGGUGCUGUGAGCUCGUCUCUAAGAUAUAUACCUCUUCCUUUUGUCUUUUGCUGUAAGCUUUGACCUUUUGCAGAUCUGCUGAAAAUACAACCUCUUAUUGUAUAGUUUGCCUUGAUUAUAAGCCAUAGUAAAUCGAGCUGUUCGCAUUUUUGCAGGCCUUGCAUUUUCUACUGGGAGGUUCAUCAAACCUUCGACUUAGCAAUAGCCCUGACUCAGGCAGAAUGCCUCGUAAAUUAGCCUUCGAAAGAAAAGUGCACGCUCAGACAGUGUGUGGAGGGGCAGGAGCGUGAUGCAGACAAGGACUUAGUCAUGACUGAUUUUCCUUAGCCAGUUUGUAAUGGCUUAUGGGGAACAUUGUGAACUUCCUACCUGACAUGUUGGCACAUGUAGAAUAUUAGGAUCCUCAAGCAUCUCUACCGUAAGUCCAAAGAAUUUAGGUCCCUAUUGUCACUUCGUUUUGGAAUGUUUUUUAUAAAAAUGCAAUUAAAUACCUCACUAUUAAACUGCCAUGAUGCCUCAGUUAAAAAAAAAA